ACGACCCAUCAUCAGAAGUAUCACCAGCGAGCUUAUAUUACAAAUAAUAAUAAUACAUAUACGCUGGUAUCACUCAACAUUUUCUUGACUUUUAAAUUUUAACUUUGUCGAAGAGAAUUGCAAUCCUACUUUGCUUAAUUUCUGGCACUUUUCAUACACCUCAUUUGCAACAAUUCAACCAUGCCUAUAAAUUCCGCUGUUUCGUCCAACCCAGUUAAUCGCGGGGAUGUGGGAAAGAUUGCUGAAUGUAUGCGGGAGGUGUUAGGCAAUGGCGAAAUGAGUGAUUGUCAAUUCACGGUGGGACGCCAGUAUGGCGCCGAGCGGACCUUUCCAGCUCACAGAGUCAUCAUGGGCGCGCGCAGUGAUGUGUUCCAUGCAAUGUUUUUCGGAAAUCUACCAGAGAAAUGCUCUGGUCCAAUUGAUAUCCCAGAUAUCCAUCCAGAUGCUUUCGCUAAUAUGCUGAGCUUCAUCUACACGGACACGAUUGAGAUUCUCAGCGAGGAUAUCCUGUUCCAGACAGUCAACUGCGCUGAUAAAUAUGAUUUGUUAUCGCUGGUUGGCUUGUGCACCCGCUUUAUUCUGGAUGAUCUCAACACGAACAGCUGCCUUGAAAUUCUGGAGAAGGCCAUUCAUUAUAAAUUCCCGUCGCCCAUGGUAAUGGAGGAGUGUCUACGUUUAAUUGAUGAGUCAGUGGAAGGUGUCUGGCAGUCUGAUCGUUUCUUGUCCCUCAAACUAGAGACGUUACUGAUGAUUCUCGAACGAGAUACAUUGGCUGCUGAGGAACAUACCAUCUGUGCGUCCCUGGAGAGUUGGGCUACAAGCGUCUGUAAUCGGUGGAAUGUGGAGGCUUCUGCUGUUCAUCGACGCAGAGCUCUGGGUGCGGCAUAUCACCUCAUCCGUUUCCCACUUCUGACCGAUGCGCAGCUGGUGGAUGGCCCUGCUAAGACUGGUUUAUUGCUGCAAUCGGAGCUGUGCGACAUCUUCAGGUAUAAGCAUGGCGCAGACAAACCACAGCUUGCAUUCUGUGCGGAGCCCCGGCUAAAACGUAUCGUUUACCAUACGAUUCCGGAUGUGAGGAUGCUGCAGGAGACUUUCGUGUACAGUGAUCCCGUAACAAUCAGAAAGCUGCAAUGGAAGAUAAUGGUUUACAAAGUAACUGACGGUGAGUCUGCUAAUCUGGGAUUCUACCUGAUCUGUUCUGGCUAUCCGAAAUCGACUCCGUGGUCCUGUAAAGUUAAAGCCAAACUGCGCCUGCUGCCCUGGAAAACAGGAACUGCACCAGUUAAGAAAGAGACUUCCAGACUGUUCGACGAUAAAAGUAGUUGCAGCUGGGGAUAUUCGGCUUAUAUCUCUAUGAAAGAAUUGCUGAAUCCUGUGAAAGGUUAUGUUAACCCGAAUGAUUUCUCUUUGCGUUUACAAAUCGAAGUGGCCUGAACUUCCCACGGGAAUCAAGUGAUGCCGUGCACGUGCUACUUGCGGAUUUAUAGGGAAGGUGGCCCCAUGACGACAGGAAAAUUGUCUUUAAUUAUAUUUUAUUUUAUAAAUAAGUUCUAAGUUUUCUCGACCAUCCGACAGGAUUUAAUCGUUUUCCCUUCUCGACGAAUUUUGUGAUAGUUUGUAUUGCUAGAUCCUCGGUGCGCUGUGAACUUGUUUGUCAAAACCGGAUAAUCGCUUAUGUAAAAUUAUUACGCUUGUUAGUUAAGAAAUUAAUUGCGAACACCCGUAUGAAAUUCAAAUUCCUGUAAAUCUACACUAAUGUAAAAGUAA